AUGGCUGCCAGUCUGCCAAACCUAGACGCAACGAACAGCGAAAUCAUGUCGCAGCCAGAAGAUUUGGUGACCAUUCCAAAGACUUCGUCCUCCUCGCAGUCGAUAAAUGAUUCGACGUCAAACGGCGAUUCCUACGAACAGGCGGAACCCUCCCAGCUGGAGAGUUCGGGAACAACGCCAAAGGUCGUCAUGGAUCCUAGAAGGAGGAUGUCGAACUUGUUGAAAGAUAAAGAAAAGGAGUGGACAGCGGUAGCGGAGAAAAAGGGGCCCCUACGUCUACUGGAUUUGCCAAUGGAUGUGCUCAAGGAGAUCGUGAAAGAGGUGACUCAUACAAAUGAUUUGACUGCCUUAGCACUGACGCAUUCGGCCCUUCAUAAUCUCGCGAUCCCACACAUCUACUCGCGAUUCGACAUUGUCUGGCCAGAUGCUCAUGCUACAACAGAUCCACGAACUGGUGUAGACGCACUCACUUAUGGACUCGCUACGCUCUGUAUGGGAGACAUCUAUCCAAAUCAUUCUCGGCAACAAUCAUUCACCUGCACGAGCUGUGGAGCAGUCAAUGCCACUGAAUGUAAUCAUGAGCUGAAAUUGGGGUUGACAAACGGGCAACGGCGUUUGGGCAACCAGUAUCCCCAAUUCACACGAAAGUUCUCUUUGGGCAACGGGCCAUCAGACUGGGUUCAGGAAUAUCUAAUCACCAAGGAAAGCGGGAAGAUGCUUGGAACACUGGUGGCUUUAGCAGUCGCACGCAUGGUCAAUCUUGAGGCUUUCGUUUGGGAUAUGCCUACAGGCGUGCUGAGAGAUGUUUGGCUUGCAUUAUCUUCUUUACCUAGAUGGAGUUCCGAUGAAGAUUGCCGCCUCGAGCGAGUCUGGGUAAGAUGGCAUGACAACUCAGACCCAGCCAACGCAACUGUGGCUCAGCCAUCAGGAUCUGCUGCUACCACCACUCCCCAGAUGCUGAGUGGCAGUACGAUGACUGCCAUUGGAUGGACCCUUCCCCCCGGUUUUACGAAUACUCCAACUGCUCCACGUUCAUAUGCCCUGAGCCCUGUAGAAUACCCGACUCUGAGUGUCCUCCCUCCGUUGAAAAGCUUGUCCGUUCUGGACAUCGACGAGCUUGAUUACCUCGAUGAGAUGAGCGUGUUGAUUGCAAAAUCCAAAGACCGCCUCCGAGAACUCCGCGUCGGCAUCUCUCAGAAAGCUAUCACCAGAGACUUCGCAAUACCAUGGGACGGGCAAGACUUACACCAGGUUGACCACAAAGCACAAUGGCCAGGAGCGAGCACAGUGGGAGAGAGGCGGCUUGGAGGAGUUUUGGGGAUCCUCUUGGGCCGUAUCUAUGAUAUCCGGAAGAAGCACAGGACACCAAAGCCGAACAGACAGGACUGGAGCACGACGCCACCCUCUACCUCGUUGCCUGCAGAAGCCCCUCAAAACAUGGCAGAGGUACCCUUCCCAAUUGACACACAGACUGACGACAGCCUGCUCAAUCAAACAUCACAAACCCUGGUAUUUACCGCACCGGGUAUUGUAGAGUGGCAGGAGAAUAAAAUACCACCUUUGCUCUCAGAAGCACCAUCCCCUGCAAGCAAUUUCAACACACAGGACCAAUCUCUCCCUCAGGCUUCUGAUGAACUAGGGUACACAACGCCUUCGGCUGUCCCAACAGCACCGAUGGACUCAACACACUCUGACUAUCACUCUCUUAACACCCUCAUUUCUGCCCAUACACCACCUUCAUCAGCGGGCGUGCCCAUACAUGACAUGCUACAGUCAGGCUUGGUUACGGAUCUUCCGCUGCGACGAGCCCCAGCGCAGCAAGCAAGACAUAAACAUCUUUCUAAUGCUUCCUCUAAGGAGCGGGAGAGACUUGACGGGAAAUUGAGGCUGCAGACUCUAGAGCUAGAGCGUAUUCCUUUAUCGGUUGCAGUACUACAAAAAGGCUUUGACUGGUGUGUGCUCACAAAUUUGACAAUUUUAGACUGCACCCAACAUGAUAGGCUAUGGAUUAUGUUGCGGCGACACUUCCAACCUUCCCCUACAGGUGCUACUUCCUCCAAGCAUGCGUCAGGCGUCAGUCUGCAAUACCAUCUCAACCUGAAAAAGAUUCAUACGGAUGCUGCUACUCCAUCACUUAUAUCGUUUUUGAAGGAAACCUUGGCACCGAACACAUUGGAAACUUUGUUCCUCCAAGAUCGAAGACGCUCUAACACGGCCAGUGUUACAAUUGAUGCCAUAUAUAAGGGCCCCCUAAAGAGACAUCGUGGAAGCAUCAAGAAACUUUUGCUGGACAGCUCAGACAAGAUUCCUCGUAGUCCAGCAAGCUCAUCUGACAAUACAAGAUACAGAGCUUGGAUGCCCAAUCGUGACGUACUGAACUUUAUCACCAGUGGCCGUAUGUCAAACCUCCGAGAACUAAGUAUUGCAAUUGACUACAAAGACUGGCAUCAAUUUCUUCAACGCUUGCCAAACAUUUCCCAUUUGCGGUCGCUCAAUAUUCCUUUUAUUGCCGACCAUGUUACGACUGCCUUUGAUCCAAAAGAAUUGGCUCUACAGGUCGUCGAUGUAAUUGUAUUUAAACCGGAGUUGGAGCUGUGCUACAUGGGCGUUGCACAUAAAUGUUUUGAGAUUUUGGAGAACCGUCCGCACGAAGAGAAUCAUGGGGCUGCCGAGGCACAUUCUCAUAAUGGGAAUGGUGGACCUGGCGGUGUACUAAUAGAUGAGGAUGAGGAUGAAGAAGAAGAAGAUGCAAGUGAUGACGAGGAUGAUGACGAAGAGGAGGAUGACAAUGGCACAGCGAUUGCACCAGUCGACCCCGACGAGACAGAAUCCGAAGUCUCUGAUCACGAAGGUACUUCCGAUACAAGCUCUUGGGAUGGAUCUGAUGAUGGCGAAUCGGGAGGCAUUAGACUUCGCCUGCGGGAAAUCCUCUUCUACGACGAUAAGGUCGCCAUAUUCAAAGCUCGUCACGGUAAACUCUGA